CAGGGACCAGUCUGGAUGAGGCGGAGUCAGCAGCUUCAUCCUGCUCCAUCUCCAGCCUCCAGUCAGAUCACACCAGACCUCCAACACAUCAACAUGAAGUCUCUCGCCGCUUUUCUGUCUCUGGUUCCGCUUCUGUGGGUCCUUCCGGUGCUCUCGGUCCGGGAGUCUGCCGGUGCUGACUGCGGGCCGUGUGACCCGGCUCAGUGCGCUCCUCUCCCGGUGCAGGGCUGCUCCGCCGGUUCUCUGCGGGACUCGUGCGGCUGCUGCGCCGUGUGCGCCGCCGCCGAGGGAGAGCUGUGCGGCGGCCGCCGCGCGUCAGCGCGCCGCUGUGGUUCCGGACUGGAGUGCGUAAAAAGCGGCGAGGACCCCAAAACCAACCCCAAGAAGAGCAAGGCGGGGCUGUGCGUUUGUAAGAGCAACUACGAGGUGUGCGGAACCGACGGACUGACCUACCGCAACGGCUGCGCCCUGAAGAGCGCCAGCCUGAGAGCAGAGGCCGAGGGAAGAGAGCCCAUCAGCGUCCACAACAAGGGCCGCUGCGCCACAGCUCCAGUUAUCGUCACUCCUCCAGAUGAGGUCUACAAUGUGAGUGGUUCUCAGGUUUACCUGAGCUGUGAGGUGGUGGGUGUGCCCACUCCCGUUCUCACCUGGAAGAAGGUCGUCAGUGGGAAAGGGAAGAUGGAGCUUCUUCCUGGGGGGCCCGAGCCCAACCGGGCCGAUCCAGACGAAGGGGGCCCCCGAGAAACUUUGAAGUGCCGGCGGGGUUCUGGUCUGGGGUUUCCGUCACAUCCCCCCCUUUGCCCAAAAGAGGAAGAAGGAUUUCCGAGUGUCAGCCCCCAACUCCGAGGUGAAGUUUCCGCUGUUGGAGCCUUUUUCCCGUGGUCGAGCCCCAUCUUUUGA